CUUGGAGACUGACAAAGAGAGGAUGUUGCAGUUUCCUCUGACUCGAAAACAAGCAAAGCAGCAGCUGCAGCGGCUGUUGUCGUUGCAAAACGAGUUGAACGAAAACGAGAUUCUCAUCCCGCAGAAACUUAUUCAACGAGCCGGAGGAGAUAAGGCAAUGAUGAAGCUGAACAACAACACAACCAAGCAGAGCAAGAGACCUGCCGCACCUGGGUCGCCAGGUGCGCCGCUGCCGAAAACGUUCCAUUUUUUUACUUAUCACCUCCUUGUAUAUUUCAAGCUGUAGCUUUUUCAUGACAUUGCUAUGACUUGUUGUUGCUGUACAUGAACGCUGAUAGUACACAUCUACGCGAGACUCUUCUUUCUACUACAUGUUGUUGAGCAAGUGCGUCGACUCUUGUGCAAUUCUCUGAAUCCAUUAAGAGUGUGAAUGUCCUUUGAUGAACUCACUACCACUGCAGGGCCCGAUCCGAUAACGCCUCCGAAGCCACAUAUCAAACCAGUACGUUCGAUAGUGGUCGCGCCACCCACUUAGAGGCCAGGGAAGCGUAUAGUGGACUUUUUCGCAGUGAAAAUCCGACACCGAGCGCAUUCCACGCCGCCGGAACCGACGCUGAUUCUACGGCUGCUGGCACAGGCGCGACGAAUCAACAAACAAGUGCUUCAGCUUCUUCUAGUAACGUGAACAACAACAACAACAACAACAAGAACAACUACUCGUUUAACACGCCUGCGCCAAAUAGGUUGAAUUUCAAUAGUAAGGAGAGCAUGAUUUCUGCUGUUAUACCGCUUGUUGCUGCGGAUUCUUGUUUCCUUUUAUCUCCGAAUGUCAAUGAAAAUGACGGCAUCUCGGGUGGAGAGGAGGAAGGGCUGACUCUCAGCAUCGAUAGUAAACAAAAGAAGAAAGGAAUUCGUAAGGACGAUCUUCUUCUGGGGAAGCUCUCCAAGAACGUCACUGCAUCUAACAGCAAGAAAGACGAGCAGCAACAAGCAGCGCAGAAAUCUUCUCCUACUUCUAAUUUUGCAGCAGAUGACGAACCGGCGUCAUCUCGAGUAGUACGACCAGGAGCAGCGUCCUCUUCAUCUACUUCUUCAGCAGUACCAGGAUCAGCAUCGUCAUCUUCCAAUCAAGUUCCUCCUGCUCCAUUUCUCUCUUCUGCAGAAAAGACGACCACGACCGCUGCUGCUCCUGUUGCGCAAGAGACUACCACUACCACAACGACUCUGCUUGGAGGUGGAGAUGAAGCCGCUUCUGCUCCAGUACCCAUGGAUGUUGAUCAAGAUCCUGCACAGAAUGCUCCUCCUGCAGCAGCGGCGCCUGACCUAGAUAACGCUGUGGUGCGCCCAUUGGAUCUGCCGAGCCAAGUUCUCCGCCCUCCGGAGAAUGACAUCGCAGCCGAUGAGGACGAUGAUAAUGCGGACACUGAUGCUCAGGAGUAAUUAGCUCCUUGCUUGCAUUGUUAAAAAGUAUCAAUGUGGUUGUCGAUAACUCAAUGCAUUUGAAUUCGUAACGCACGCAAAAACGCACACUAGGAUCUAUAAGACUCAGCACCUCUGUUACGGCCUUAUAAAUGACAACUACAGGGUGCUCGAAGUCACGUUUGUCGCGCCUCAUGGUAUGAACCUCAGGCGUUUGGUGUGGAUCAAGGAGGAUCUUAAUCCAGAAGGAGGAGAGAGGAAAGGAGAGAAAAUGUCGUUAGCAGAUCUGCCAGACGCGGAAAAGAGUAUCACAGACGCGGACCUCAGCUGGAUCCAGAAAGAAGACAAACAUGGUUCAGAACACGCGAAGUUGUUUCGCCGAUUGGAGAAGGUAUAGAUAAUCUACUUGAUAGCUUCGCUGCGAGGAUGAGUUUUAGUUUCUUUUUGAAAUUAUAUGGAUGAUUCAAUCACUUGCAAAUGGUGUCUGGCUGCACUGCAGCGGAGAGUCCAGGUGGAAAAGGGCCAGCAUGAUACUGCUGGCACACCGUCUUGCCCGUUGUUAAAUUUUUCACUCAUUUGUUUCCACGUAUAAAAAUCAACUCGAUGCACUUUUGUAUUCUGCAUCAAGGCAGAAACUGACCCAUACCCUUCAUCCUUGUCAUCAUUCGUCAUACUCUCGACUUCAUCUAUCAGAUCGUCUAUCUUACGAUGGCAGACGCAGAGGAUUUUGAUGCGAGUUGCGCGCUGGCGUUUCACUACCAAACCAAGGCAGCGUGCCCGGGGUGGAUCAAAGCGAGAGCAGAGCUGAAUGAGCUAGUCAUUUGGCUCGGUGUUGAGUUCUCCAAGUGCAGCAUGCGUGCUUUCUUCGCGGACAGAAACGAAGCAAUGAAGCGAAGCAUACAGGCAACCGACUCUGGAAAAGAGUUCCUUCUUUAUGGCUCGAGCAUUCGGCUGACGAAUUGAAUAGCUCCACCCUCAUCUUGCGUUCCCUCUAAUUCCUGUUGAUGCUACUACUGAAAAUCUUUCUUGGAGGAGCUUAUCUACUUUUUAAUGGGACAACUUGCCAUAGGCGCUGUGUUCUUAAAGAAUCGGAACGAGCUAUCAUUUUGUGCUUUCCUUAGUAACCUCUGAAGUAUUCCAUUGCGUAGGCACUACGCUACGACUUUCCAGUAGUACCCGCUUCCUUCUUGCACUAGCUUAAUCCCCAUAGAAAUGACACCUAGUAGUAUCUUCUUUCAUACCUUCGCCGCUCUCGAUUACGAGCGCCCCUACCUACGACACCGAACGGAUCCCAUUGUGUAUUGCGCGACGAGCGGAACACUGCAGGACUUCUUUGAGUUAUGGCAGGUCGUCACAACUGAUUGAAUAACUAGCGCUAGUCUACAGAAUCGGGGCUGCGAAGUCGGAACUGUCGACGAGUUGCGGCAGCGAUGUGGAGGGGUAUUAGGGUUGGGAGGGCGGCACUAUCUGAAGUCGUGGGACUCGUGCUGAUCAACAGCUACGGACGUAGGCGGAACGCUCUCGCCUCUAUUGUGCCAGCAGCGCACUCGCGUGGCCCUCGUUCCUUGGUUGUGGAACAGUUUGGCGGCGCCUUUGUUUCUUGGCUGUGGAAAAGUUUGCCGCGGCUUUUGUUUCUUGGCUGUGGAGCAGUUUUUCGCGGCCUUUGCUUCGUGGCUGUGGAACAGUUUGUCGCGGCCUUUGCUUCUCGGCUGUGGAACAGUUUUGCGCGGCCUUUGAUUCUCGGCCGUGGGGCACUUUUUCGCGGCCCUUGCUUUGUGGUUGUGGCGCAGUUUGCCGCGGCCUUUGCUUCUUGGCUGUGGGGCAGUCUGUCGCGGCCUUUGCUUCUCGGCGGUGGGGCAGUUUGUCGCGGCCUUUGUUUCGCGGCUGUGGAACAGUUUUUCGCGGCCUUUGCUUCUUGGCUGUGGAACAGUUUGUCGCGGCUUUUCCUUCUCGGUUGUGGUUGUGGAACAGUUCUCCGCGCCCUUUGGUUCUCUGCUGUGGGGCAGUUUGUCGCGGCUUGUGCUUGGUGACUGGGGGCCUGUUUGUCGUGGUCUUCGCUUCUUGGCGGUGGAGCAGUUACGCGCGGCCCUUGCUUGAAGCUGAAGCUUCGUGGCUGUGGAACAGUUUGUCGCGGCCUUUGCUGCGUGGCUGUGGGGUAGUUUGUCGCGGCUUUUGCUUCUCGAAUGGGAUCAGUUUGCUGAGGCCUUUGCUUCUCGGCUGUGGAACAGUUUUUCGCGGCUUUUCUUUGGCGGCAGUGGAGCGCGCUGCUUGUCGUGGCCUUUGCUUCUUGGCUGUGGAGCAGUUUGCCGCGGCCCUUGUUUGGUGGCCGUGGAGACGCUUGCGGUGGUCUUUGUUUCUUGGCUGUGGAACAGUUUUGCGCUGCCUUUGUUCUUUCUUCGUCGUGGAGCAGUUUGUCGCGGCUUUCGUUUCUUGGCUCUGGCGCAGGUUGUUGCGGCAUUUGCUUCGUGGCUGUGGGGCAGUUUUUCGCGGCCUUUGCUUCUUGGCGGUGGCGCAGUUUCUCGCGGCCUUGGUUCCAUCGCUGUGGAACAGUUUUUCGCGUCUUUUGUUCUUUGGCUGUGGAACAGUUUUGCGCGGCUUAUUUGCCACGCGCAGGCGCAGGCGCAGGCGCCUCGGGUGGCAGCCUCUGGCAGGGCUUUCGACGUGUGGAACCCGGUGGCGAAGUUUGCUUUGGUGCGCCUUUGAUAGUCGCAGAGGGAACGCAGCGCGUUGACUCAAUUGCAAAGAUGCCGCUGCCCACUGGUGAGGGCCUCCGCAAUGAUCUGAAAGCAAGCUGGUGGCGUGUCUGAGUCUGGUGACGUAAGUGCGGCAGCGAGAGGAGCGCUUGGGCUAAAGCUUUCGGAGAAUUCGCAGUUCUCGUUCUUGGUCGCAAACUACGCCGGUGCCCGAUGCCGGUCGCUGUCGCAAAAGCGAGAAAAUGCAGAAGGAGAGGCCGCUUGUCUGGAAAGGUAAGAAGUACGAGACUACUGGAGGGCUGACGCGUUGCGACCUGGUGAAGAACAACGACAGCAGCGGGAAAGGCUUCGGGGCGGCCCUUGAGUAUGUGGGCGCGCGGAAGCAACUCCAACCAAUGGCGUGGGUUGUUUAGUCUUGGCGUGCGUACGCGGGAACUGAGUAAGAGCAGAGGCGACAGCAAAAGCAAGCGAAGUGGUUGCGCAACGAACCCGAGCGGCGGCGAGAGGCUUGCGCCGUGCUCUCUUCAUAGGCUUCGGGCUCUCUGUAUCUUGUGGGCUUUCUUAUCGGCAGCCGCUGCGCACGGACACGCUGGCGCCGCGUGCCCAUCGCGCUGCCCCCGCCUCUCGCUUUGUUCCGCUAGAAGUAUUGAAGUGUCUCUCCUUGCGCCUGCCCAUGCAUGCGCCGCCUCCUUUUUCCAGCUGAGCUGCAGGCGGUCUUCCUCUGUUUUUCGCGUCCGUCAUGCAUCUUCUGGCGCGUGGGUCGGGGGUGAUGGGCGUCGCGCGUUUUGAGAAAUAUUAUCUAUUACUUUAUCCACCUCUAAAAAUGAUUGUGGGACGAUUUACCCAAAGUUCUGGCGUUUGCAGCGCAGCUGAGAAGGUCGCCGAUAAAGUAGCAGAAAACGCGGACAAGUUGGGAAUUACGUCCGGUCUAGCAUUGCAUCAGUAUUGCCUACAGGAGGCACAGUCUGCAUUGCCGAAAGGUGUGGUGGCGAACCCUUUAGCUGUGUACACGAUGACGCUGAAAGCGUUUAAACGAGGACUAUGAAAAUUAUAACUACUUGAUUAUUUUGUACGAAGUCUAUCACUUUGACGCAUCUCCUGAAAUUCACAAGAAAGCGCUACUCUUUUUUGCCUCACUUGUUGCUACUCGUGAUUAAUUUCCCAAGUUGUUUCUUGUUUCAAUUCAAAAACGAGGUAGUACUCAAUUCCAAACUUUCUCUUGCGAUGGACCCUCUUGAAUCCCUCUAAGUCAGCUUGUGGCGAAGCUUUUCGAUGUUAAUGGAAAACCAUUGAACAACAAGAUCAUGGAUUUGUUUAAUGGAUCGAAAAUCCGCAUUCAAGACGCUGCUACGAGUACUACGCGCCUUCAGCACGAUGCUCCCAGCGUGACGAAGUAUCUAUGCUCCAUUGCGACACUGAUGAGCAACUACGUGCUUUUCAUAGACACCGUGCUCCGAUUGCCGACGAAUGCUCAAAGACAAAACAUAAUCCGACAGGUACUAUUUUACUCUCUGGUCUAGCUUUUUUUUCGAAACUCAAACUGUUCAAUGGUAGAGAAGGCUAUCGCCCUCUGCUCACGGUCCGUUUUGCCUCGCGUCAAUUUUAUAGUUGCAGCCAUUCCCAAUUCCAUGAAGACACGCGCGUAUCGAUGAGUCCACCUCACUUACCUAGUAUAUCGGUUCGCAGCUUAGUCCAUUUUCUUCAAUGCAUUGCAAUCCAGAUCACAAAAAACUCUAUUCUCCAGGCAAGUUCGAAUCUGCUGCUGCAGUUAUGAAAAAGUGUGGAAAAGUAUUCAAGAAUAGAGCAACUCAGCUUCAACUCGCUGAAGUCGAUACUCACUGGGAUCGAGUAAAUUCCUGUAGUUUUUUUUUUCUGAAGCUUUGCUGCUCCAUCAUCUACAACUCUUUCCCCUCUUGAAUAUAGGAUUAGGAAGUCUCUCGCAUUAUGAGUUCGUUAAACAAUAAUCUUCAUCCCCUUCCCACUUUCAUCAUCUCCGCUCGCCAUCGCAAGAAAACAAUUUUUGGAGAACCCCGACCGCGAUUUGCAAAAGAUGAAGGAUUUCAACAGACUCGCGCAAUCGAUCACAACGAAACUGUUUGAGGCUAUCUUUGAGCCCGUUCUUAUCGAGCAGCUGAAUACGCUCAUGGACGAGCAGAAGACGAUGAAGGACGCUGAGAUCGCCCUCAACCAUUAUGUAGUUUUGAAAUAAGUAUGAUAAUUAAUUUUUUUUUGAUCUAUUUCAACAAGAUCAUUCGUGGACUCUGCCUAGAAGUAGACGACACUCUCGAUCUUAGUGUAUAGCUUACUUUCAAGAGUACUAGAAGCAAGACGAUGAGUUUCAAUUUUGCGGGUUUGUUUCCACUUUGUUUCAAAACCCUUCUUCUAACCUCAGCUCCAUUUAAAGCAGUUUACGGUGAUGAAGGAUGCUUGCGACGAAUCUCUGAGGGAGAUAAUGCUGAACAAAUACACAUCGAAAGAUGUGCAGGUCAUGAGCCCAGCAGGUGGAAGCAAGUCAGGAGGAGUAACUGGCAUGGGUGCUGGUGUAUGCAAGCAUGUGACACGAGCUCCGGAAAGCGAUUCGUCUGGCGACGAAGGUCAAUGAGGCAACUAGAAGGAGAAUCAAGAUGAUAGAAGAGGUGCUUUCGUCUCUUCUGAUUCAGAUGGGCAAAUAUUUCUGAGAUGUUAUCAUUAUUUCGUAAUCGUAUGGGUGUUAUCAUUAUCUCUAUGGUGAGCUACCUACUCCCCGAGAUGGCCAACAAAAUGCAUGAGUUUUCUUCUUUUGAAGUUUCUUCUUCAUAUAUUCGUAAAGUAACAAUACAAUUUCACUGCCUAUUGCAAUUGUUGGAGUUUCUCUUUUUUGAUGUGCUGAAUCGUCUUCCAUUAUGAUAGUCUUAGUCAGCUGCUGCCACAAGAUUGCUUCAGCAAGUAUGUCGCGAAGUAUAUUGGAGAAUAUAGAUAACAACGUAUGUGCCGCACAUAGCUAACUGGUUAAGACAAGAGGACGGAUUCACUUACUGCCACGCUUAUCUCUGAAGAUGAACAACACACGACACCACUACGACACUGAACGUUUGAAGAAGUAAUCUCCCAUCAAUGUAUCGAGAGUAGAUGCAGUCUCGCUGUCUUCAUCCAGGCAGUUGCUUAUAGCUAUAGCGCGACCCAAUUACUUCAAACUAUUAAAAAUAUGAAUUGAAAAAAGUUUACGCUUUGUGCGAGUUUAGUUCUUACCUGUUCUUAGAAAAGAUGAACUGCGGCCCGCUGCAAAAAUUAUCUUGGUAGGAUCCUUAGAAGCCAGCUCAUAUCAUUGACAUGGCAGCGUGGUGUGCUCUUCUUGUUUUUUAUCCUUUUUCAAAAGCAAUAACAAGCAUUAGUUUAGACGUAAACAAGAAGUAGACGAAGCCCCCCAUAUUAGUACUUCAGUGUUUAUCUUAUUUCUAACAUCAAGCAUCACGACGACGUACCAUCAUGGUUCUUGUAGUAUUAGUUCUUCUGCGUAUGCUGUUGAUGCUGGUGUCCUGUGAUUCCGAAAGCAGGACUAUCUUCUUACACCCUUUACGUAUGAAUUUCAUCAUGAUGAAGAUUCUGGUGUUGGUGAUUUCUAUUGAUAUGCCUCAAAUCUAAAUCAGAAACGUGCUUAGCCACAUGAAAUCUUUCCCUGGAGACUCCACUCUACUGACUUCAUUCAGAAUCUUCUACUUCUCCCUCGACAACAAAUAGGUACAACUUCUACUCCCACGUUGGAGGAGCCGGUGGCGGCCAGAUCGUCGAAGGUGGUGUUCAUUCUAAGCGAGCUAUUAGAAAAUGAAGUUGCGAAAGUCAUAGUAUCGCGAGCGACCCUGACAAAGAGCAGAGAAGUUAUUAUCGUGAGGGCGGCAGCUGUUGAGUUCCGAGUUAUUGAGAUUCGUCGCUUCUGGGAGAAGAAAACAAAAUCUGAAUGAAGGCCUUUUCAAUGAAGUGCAAAAUAAAUAUCAAAGAGAAAAAAGGUAAUAGGCGAGGAUAUCUAGUUUUCAUGAGUAAGCUCGUGCGUUACAGACCCAGCCCCUCCUCUGUUGAGAUACUAUGUUCUGUAUUAUUCGAUGAAGUUCAAAAAAAAUCCAUUUAAUAUCUAUCCCAAAAAAUGAUCAGACUAUCACUCUGAAGAAUUUGAAUAAAAUAAAUAAGAAAUCUUGACUUGGUUGUGGGGAUGCAGAUACGCGUCAGAAGAUCUAUGCUUCACUUGUUCUUGUUCUUGACUUCUUGAAAAAUUUGGUUUCCAGAUGGAUUUUCAUAAAUCACAGGGUCACUUCAAAACUUCCUGGCGACCACGCUUCUUGUUCUUGUGAUCAAUUCUAGCAGUAGUUUCUUCGACAAAAGCAUCGAUGUGGUUCAUCUUCAGCUCCUCACUUCCUUGCUUAUAAAAGUUGUGAUCUCUUCUGAACAAUUUCAAGCGUCGUCUUUCGUCGCUUCUACUUGUGGCCGUUUUUCUUUGUGAUUCCGUGACCAAGAAGAAUCAGCAUCUUAAGCUCCUCUCAUAUUCUUAUCGAUGGGAAGGCGUCUUCCUGUUGCUCCUUCAAGACCAUCCAGUUCUUAAAAAAUAUUUAUUAGAAUCAUUAUCAUGAACCGGAAAAUAUCCCAGUCAGGGCUUGAUGUUUGUACUCGGAUAAGUAUAUACCUCCUUCUUCAUUUUCUUCGUGGAAGUCUAUAGUUUCGGCUCAGCAGAAUGAUAAUAAAGAUUAAUUGAUUUAGUACUCGUUGAGCAUCUAACGUCUUAUCUUCUUGUCCCUCGUCAGUCUGUCUCUCUCUCCGUAGCAGUAGGCCGACUGGAAGUAAAUAACUUUUCAACAACUUCCGAAUUUCUCACAAGCUCGGAAGACUUCAGUUCUCUCAUGAAAAGCAUUUGAUUCAAAAACCUUAACAUGUCGCUCUUUUUUUAUCUGUUGCCAAUCUUAUGGAAGGACGCUGUCGCGAGAUGCCUAUCAUGCUUCCGCUUUCUUUGCAUCUGAUAAAAAACGCGAAUACUAAGAACUCUUGCCUACUGUAAUUUUUGUACUCGUUUCUAAUGGUGAUUAUGCAUUCGACGAGUCCGACAGCAUGCAAAUGAAAUACGUUGAAGCCAAAGGCUUUGCUGCAGAGGAACUAUUGAACACCUCCACAGAUAUCAAGCACUGCCUCGCAUGCAGCUGCAAAACUUUCGAACAAAGAGCACGCAAGUGGAAUACGAAUGGCCAACGGAUUUGAACAUCACGAUCUAACAAGAUUUUUCUUAUAUUAAAUUGUAUUCGUGUUUCAACAAUAAGGCUAGGCGCCGUCAGCUUUUAU